CCUCUCCUUCAUUGUCAUUUAUGAUUUUUUAAGCAUUCCCACCUCACAGUCUUCAAGCCAAGCCAAAACCAAACCAUGAAAGAGAAAAAUAGAAAACCCAAGUGUGGUUAAAGUAGAUUCUCCUCCAAGCCAAACCUCAUUCUGGAGUUACCCUCUUAAUACCAUUACAGAGGCUCCUCCUUAGUAGUAGCUACAUUUCAUACCAAAAUACCAAUAAAUAAAGAACAAAAGCUUGGAGGCACCAUUCUCUCUGUGCUGUUCUGAUCUUUCAUUUUUUUUUUCUCUCUUCUGCUUUGCUUGCCCCUCUUUUUUCCCAAUGACUACACCUCACUCUCUCUCUCUCAAACUCUGAGCCAACCGCUGGUUAGGCUCCUGUCUCUUCUCGGAGACCCACAAAACCAUUUCUUUUCUGUCAUUUCCUCUAUGUUUGCUUCCCAAACAAAGACCCUCUAUUACCCCUUCUGUCAUUUGCUCCUCAGAUCUAUCGCCUCCCUUUUGCGCUGUUCUGCAAGUUACAAUCUUUUUGUUUGUUGGGGUGUGAGACAUGAGUAAAGAGGAAUUCUUGAAGAUACAGAAAUGUGUUCUUAAAGUGAACAUACACUGUGAUGGGUGCAGACAGAAAGUGAAGAAAAUCUUGCAAAAAAUUGAUGGUGUGUUCACCACACAGAUCGAUGCUGAGCAAGGGAAGGUGACGGUUUCGGGCAAUGUGGACCCCAACCUUCUCAUCAAGAAGCUUGCGAAAUCAGGGAAACAUGCAGAACUCUGGGGCGCCGCACCUAAACCCAGCAACAAUCACAAUAAUAACCAGAACCACCCUGCCAAUGCCAACCAGGUCAAGAACAUGCAAAUUGAACACCUCAAAGGUAUGGGAAACCACAACCAGAACAACAAAGGUCAGAAUCCCAAGGGUGGUGGUGGUGGUGGAAAUAACCAACCCAAAGGUGGUGGUGGUGGUGGUCAACAACAAGGACCAAAUCCUCAACAGCAACUGCAGCUGCAGCAGCAGCAACAGCUCCAGCAGCUCCAGCAGCAGCAGCAGCUCCAGCAGCAGCAGCGGCUCCAGCAACAGCUACAACAACUUCAGCAGAUGAAAGGGUUUCAAGAUCUGAACAUCCCUCAAUUCAAGGACCUCAAGCUGCCCCCUCACAACCCCAACCCCAAAGCUGUUAAAUUUGAUAUUCCGGAGGAUGACGAAGACUUCACCGAAGACGACGAAUUGGAUGAUUUUGACGAUGACGACGAAUUUGACGAAGAGUUUGAUGAUGACGACGAAGAUGAUGUAAUGGAUGAGCUUCCUCCUAACAAAAUGAAACUACCACCACAGAUGAUGAAUGUCCCCAAGGCUGUCAAUAAUGUUGCUGGAAAGAAAGGUCCAGGACCUGUUCCUUUUCAGGCGCAUGGGGGAGGACAAAAAGGUGGUGGCGGCGGCGGAGUCAGCAUGGGUGGUGGCCACCAGGGUGGGGGUAACAAAAGUGGCAACAAUGGUGGUGGUAAAAACGGAGGUGGUGCAUUGGAGGGUAAAAACGGUGGUGGAGGGAACAAGAAUAACAACGGAGGAGGAGGAGGAGGAGGUAACAUUCACAAUAACAUGAACAUGAAUGGGGGUAAGAAAGGCAAUCCGAUGGGUGGAGUUGGUGUUCAACCACCAAUGAACCCUGGAUUCAGAAACAUGGGUGGUGGUGGUGGUCCCCAUGCUAUGUCUGGGCCGAAUGUGGGUCCCAUGAACAUGUCAAUGCAGAACAUCCCUGCCGUGCAGGGACUUCCGGCAGCGUCGGUCAAUGGCGGCGGAUACUUUCAAGGUGGUGGUGGUCCGAAUGGAAUGGCUGGAAACCCUUUCCAGCAGCAACAACUUUUACAACAUCAGCAACAGUUACAGCAGCAACAACAACAGUUACAGCAUCAACAACAGUUACAGCAGCAGCAGUUACAACAACAACAGAUGGGUGGAAUGAUGGGAAAUGAGAGAUUCCAGCCAAUGAUGUACGCCCGGCCUCCGCCGGCAGUGAAUUACAUGUACCCUCCCUAUCCCUACCCUCCUCCAGACCCUUACACCCACUUUUUCAGCGACGAGAACACCUCUAGCUGCAACGUAAUGUGAAUCUGAAUCUGAAUCCAUCACAGAUCCCAUCUCAUGCGCCUUCUGCAUAUCUUCUUCUUCGCAAGUUUCUCAUUUUCAGAUCUAUAUUAUUAUAUUAUACAACAAUGCAAAUCAGUUUCAUAAUUGUAGUAUCUUAUUUUUCUUUCAUCCCUUU